AUGUUGGCGGAAACAAACGGGUUUCAAUCGACGGGCUGGCAGUCCUCGUAUGCUGACUUCGAGGUUGCUCUCGACCCUGCCUCCAGCAUGAUUUUUUGUCCUGACUCUCAAAAAAACGAUGACCUGAAGAAAAUGCUUGAUAGUAAUAAAGAUGGUCUGAAGCUGGCUGCAAUGCGACGCAUUAUAGCUAUGGUUGCAAGGGGUAAGGAUUGUUCCGAUCUCUUUGCAGCCGUUGUCAAGAAUGUGGUUUCCAAAGAUCCAGAGGUGAAAAAACUGGUUUACGUUUACCUGACUCGUUAUGCUGAGGAGCAGCAAGAUCUAGCUCUCUUAUCCAUUUCUACCUUCCAACGCUCUCUCAAGGACUCGAACCAGCUGAUUCGCGCAUCCGCCUUAAGGGUGUUGUCGUCGAUCCGCAUCCCCGUUAUUGUGCCAAUACUCAUUUUGGCGGUACGCGAGGGGGCUGUCGACUUAUCUCCUUACGUGCGCAAAACAGUUGCUCACGCUAUUCCAAAGCUUUAUAGUCUUGAACCAGAGGAAAAGGACACGUUGAUUGACGUAAUCAACAAGUUGUUGGAAGAUAAGUCAACUGUAGUGGCUGGCAGUGCGGUCCAAGCCUUUGAAGAAGUCUGCCCAGACCGCAUUGAUCUUAUUCACAAACAUUUCCGCAAGCUUUGCAACCUCCUAAUGGACGUCGAUGAGUGGGGACAAAUAGCCAUAAUCAACAUGCUCACUCGAUACGCUCGUACUCAAUUUCCUGAUCCAAAGUCCACGUUGACCGGUGUUGCUGCUGGGACCCCGGGCAGCCGUGACCCUAAUCUAUCAGGUGCUUAUAAUGCCAGUAACACAUUGGCGACAGGCCAAGAGGAAUUGGGCAAUGCAACGGGCGAACAGCCAAAACAGCAGCUAGGAGGCACGCUUGAUUCGGCUUUAGUGGAUAUGCUUAAUGCUGAUUACCGUCUCCUACUCACUGCUUGCCGUCUUCUUCUGCUCAGCCACAACGCGGCGGUCGUUAUUGCUGUGUCAAAACUCUUUUAUCACUGCGCGCCGAAGGAGGAACUGCCGUCCGUGGUGAAGGCUCUUAUUCGCAUUCUGCGUUCCACUCCAGAAAUCGAACACAUCGUCCUCUCAAACAUCGCCUCAAUGAGCCUGCUUUGCCCAAACCUCUUCGAACCCUAUAUCCGCAUGUUCUUUGUCUUUGGAAGUGAUCCGACGACGUUAAAACUCUUGAAACUGGAAAUUCUGACAAACCUAGUCAACGAAUCUACGAGUUCAAUAAUUCUUCGUGAAUUUCAGGCAUAUGUAGAUAGCUCAGACCAGGAGUUUAUUCUUGAGACAAUAAGGUGCAUAGGUCAGUGUGCCAGCAAAGUUCCCCAGAUCGCUGAAACCUGUCUAACUGGACUGCUGCGCCUGAUGUCUCGCAAGGACGAGAGCAUCGUCGCAGAAAGCGUGGUCGUUAUCCGGAAGCUGUUGCAAAUGCAAACCACUGAUCACAAGGACAUCAUUAUCCACAUUGCUCAAAUGGUCGACGAGAUCAACAUUCCCUCGGCGAGAGCGUCUAUCCUGUGGCUGUUGGGGGAGUACUGUCAUCGUGUGCCCAAAACAGCCCCUGAUGUACUCCGGAAAAUGGUUAAGGUGUUCCCCAAGGAGCACGUCUCCGUCAAAUUGCAGAUCCUCAAUCUUGCCGCUAAACUCUGUAUUGUAAACCCGAAGCAGACUCACCUUCUGGCGCAGUACGUCUUCACACUGGCAAAGUACGACCAAAACUACGACAUUCGUGACCGCUCCCGGUUUUUCAGGGCUCUAAUUUACCCAAAGGUCGAAUUUACCAAAUCGGAUUUGUCCUCUUACUUGGCACGAAAUGUGAAAAAGAUUAUCCUUUCCAUUAAACCUGCACCUGCCCUUCAUUCUAAUGUCACUGAUCGCCCCUUUUUUCAACUUGGUUCCAUGUCGCAGAUUCUCGGCCGUCGUCUACCUGGCUACAAAGAUCUGCCCGACUGGCCUCUCGUUCCCCCGGAUCCGACAACACGGCUAGUCAGCCCGCCACUGCAGUCCGCGGCGUCUGUUUCUGACCACUCCGGACAGAGUCUGAGCAUUAGCCAGCAGGAGACAGAGGACGAGUCUAGUGAGUCGGAGGAGGAGGAGGAGGACACAGAAAGUGAAGAGGACUCGAGUGCGGAGGAUGAGGAAGAAGGUGAAGAAGAAGACGAAGAAGAGGAAGAAGAUGAAGAAGAAGAAGAAGAAGAAGAAGAAGAAGAAGCGAACGAGGAAAUUAAAAACGGCACCGAUGAAAGUCUCUCCUCGGAACCCGAUGAUGCUUUUGGUCUCGCCUACCCUAAGGCGGGAAAGACUGAAAAUCGAAGAAUUGACCAUUCAACGGCAUCGGAGACCUCUUUGUUGACAGAAGAUGAGGAUGAGGAUGAGAUUCCAGAAAAACAAGAGGAGGGCGAAAAACCAAUGGAACAGUCCAAACUACCAUCUGUGGACUUGCUUUUAUUGGAAUUUGAUGCUCCUGCUGUGCCGGCAACUGGGCUUACAACUCUGCCUUCAUCCGACAGCGCGUCUAAUCUUGGCAACAUCCUUGUCCCGACCAUUUUGACGCCUGUUCAAACCGUUCCCACUGCCGAAGCCCUUCCUCCAGGUGAAGUAAAAAUUGACUUACCAAUUUCGCCCUGCGACAUGCCUCUCCAGUGGUUCUCGGUCACCCCGCCCUACUCGGAGCCCCUAGCAGUCGAAGCGCGAUUCACUCGCGUCGCAUCCGUGUUCAAUCCCACCCAAGUCAAUCUUGAAUUGCGUUUGACCAACAAGUGUCUGCAACAAACAACCCUUUAUAAAAUCCACUCCGAGCCGUCCCUCCCCAAUACUUCUCUGGGUAAAACCACCUGCUGCACUCAACUCUUCGACGACAUCGAUCUCUUGGAAGCCGGAUCGAGUGCCAACGUUUUCAUCGGCGUCGACUUUUGCGAUUCUACGAAGCCUUUUAAGCUGGAAAUAAAGUAUCAGUUCAGCCCACCGGACGCUGAGGCGAACGGUGGAGUCAAGCAGUGUGAAAGCACAGUUGUCUCCAUCAAGCCUUUCGUUGGGGAACUCUUUCGGCCCAUUGAUAUGCAUGCGCGUGAUUUCAUUACGAAAAUAGCCUCCCUUCGUGGCAUACACGAAACCAAAGUUGUCCUUCCUUCAACUCCCUGCCUCACCGAAGCCUGUCGGAUCGAUGUUGUUAGACGCGUACUUCGAAAGGUCAAUCUGGGCUUGGUUGGAGUAUUCCAAACGGCCGCACCAGAUCCUUGCGAUGAUUUGUCGUCAACUACCGCGGACACCACGUGCAUCUUUCGAUUCGCGGGAUGCACAGCGGCUUGCGGGCAGGAGUGCCUUGCGGAAGUCAGACUGCCCCAGGCGCAGUCGUCUAAACCCGGCACGUUGAGCAUCCACACCGAAGCCAUCUCGUUGGGGCCUCAACUGGCCAAGGAGUUGGCCGAUUGUUUCUCUGACAUUCUGUGA